UGCGUAGAAUCACCCAUCGUCAUCGUCAUCAACUGCCUUGCCUAUUGUAAAGUUCUGUCUGACGCCAAGUCACGUUCAAAAUGAGAUCAGCUUUCUUCCAACCCCUCCUACCCCGCCAUAACUUCUGCUCCCCGGCCUCAAGAACUUUCUCUCUCUCUCAACGCAUUACCGCCUCAACCUCCUUUACGACUCCCCGAUUCUAUUCACAGCCCGCCAAAAUGCCCAACACCAAGGUUUACUUCGACAUCGCCUGGAAGGGCCCGGUCUUCAAGGACGGCCGCGCCACCAACGAGAUCAAGGAGCAAACCGGUCGCAUCAACUUCAACCUCUUUGACGACGUUGUCCCCAAGACCGCCGAGAACUUCCGCGCUCUCUGCACCGGCGAGAAGGGCUUCGGCUACAAGGGCUCUUCUUUCCACCGCAUCAUCCCCAACUUCAUGCUCCAGGGUGGUGACUUCACCCGCGGUAACGGCACUGGCGGCAAGUCCAUCUACGGCGAGAAGUUUGCCGAUGAGAACUUCCAGCUGAAGCACGACCGCCCCGGUCUGCUGUCCAUGGCCAACGCUGGCCCCAACACCAACGGCUCCCAGUUCUUCAUCACCACCGUCGUCACCUCCUGGUUGAACGGCCGCCACGUCGUCUUCGGCGAGGUUGCCGACAAGGAGUCCAUGGCUGUCGUCCAGGCCCUCGAGGCCACCGGCCGUGAUGACGGCAAGGUCAAGUACGAGCCCCGCCCCACCAUUGUCGACAGCGGUGUCCUGUAAGCUUGUGCAAGUUGGCAGAAUGCUCUGCAUGUCCGUGUGGUGGCAAGUUUGGGUCCAUGAAGCCAUCGUGGGCGGCUUAAACAAGGGGCUUCAGCGCUCCAGAGAGACUAUAAAAGUACCUCGCCAUAUCCUUUAGCCAAUCAUUUACGGUGCUGCAAAGCAUAUAAAAAAAAUACACAUCUGUUGCAUCA